GCAAUUAGUCGUCCUCUCCCUCUUUUGUUAUCAACGGGACAGUGUGACGUCAGCACCCAGCUGCAGGGGGGGGGGGGGGGGGUCUGAGCCUCCAGACGCGCUAACGGACGGGAAAGAGACGGCAGCGGCGCUUUAGCUCAGCUAGCCGCUCGCUGAAGACCAGAGCAAAGGGCAACCCGGAUUCACGUCUGAAUGUGUGGUAGGGCAGGACGCGUUUUGCACUGACUUGAGCCUUGUAUGCAACCCGCCCUGUUCACCAGUCACCACCAUGUCCGGCGCUGCUAACACUUCAGCAGACAACAACGGAGACUCCGGGCUAAACGGGUCCUGGGUAGAGUUAGAGAUGAACAGAGGCGCAGCCGUAGCAGCUCACUCGUCCUCCACAGAUGAAGCAGCCCCAGGCCUGCUGCCCCUCCCUCAGGUGGAGGAAGAGGAGGCCAUGGUUGGGGGUCUGGAGCACGUCCCAUCCUCGUCCUCCAUCCACAACGGAGACAUGGAGAAGAUCCUGCUCGACGCUCAGCACGAGUCGAGCCGCAGCAACUCCUCAUGCGACAGCCCUCCACGGCCCCACAGUCCCCAGGAUGACGGCCAGAUCAUCUUUGACGUGGACUUGAGUGGCAGAAGAGACAGCCAAGUAAGAGCCUGGUCAGAAGAGGAGGCCUUGGACAAGGACAGGGACAUGGACAUCCUGAUGAAGGAUGCAGAUUGGGUUGCGGACUGGUCUAGUCGACCGGAAAACAUUCCCCCAAAGGAGUUUCAUUUCCGUCACCCUCGGCGCUCAGUAACACUCAGCAUGAGAAAGACUGGAGCUAUGAAGAAAGGAGGCAUCUUCUCCGCCGAGUUCCUCAAAGUCUUCAUCCCCUCGCUGCUACUAUCACACAUCCUCGCCCUGGGGCUGGGAGUCUACAUUGGAAAGAGGUUGACCACGCCCCCCGCCAGCUCUUUCUGAGCCUGAAGCUGAAGAAAAGUGCCUGAGAAGUGGCCAGGAGUCAUUGGAGAAAGUUUUGCUCUCGCGAGGAAAGAAAGCCCGCCUCUCCUCCCUCUGCCCUGCCUGCACCCUGUUCCCCUCCUGAGAUAUGACAUGUUCUCUGGAGAAUUGCAUCUGCCUUCUCCCCCCUCUCUCCCCCCUUCCCCUUCCUUUCCUUCUUGAUCGCUGUUCUCUGACUGUCUGUAGAUAUCCCCCCCCCCCCUCUUUAUCCUUCACUCAUUUGUAAAAGCUUUUUAAAGAGUGUAUAAGGUCAUAUUUCUCUUUUCCCCUACAGAUUGGGUUUAAAUGUUUUUAACGGGUGGGUUUUCAGGCAUAGUCACAGCAUCGAACCAAACUCUUCGUCUCUACGACACAUGCUGUCCCAGUUCCCUUUGAGCAUCUGAUAAUAAGGGGGUUUUAGAACUGACCACAGAUUGUGCCACCUUCAUGAGUAGUCCAACUUUAAUCUCCAAAAGGGUUCGACUGAAUUCAGAGUUGGCUACACAAAAUGAAAACGUUAUCAUGCCUUUUUGAAAAUACCAAUUUUGUCAAUUCUCUUAUAUAAUUUUUUAUUUAUUUUCAGACAGUGGUGGUUUAUUAAGAAGUUGUAAUGAUGAAAGAAGUUACCAUAGUGGCCAUCCCAAACCACAAGCGCUCAUGAGUUACUCUGGAAGGGAGGGGUGUGCCAGAAAAGAGAGAUUUAUGUGACAAUUUUUCAUCUUUUGAGAACUAUGAUUUAAAAUCGAUCAGUAACUGGAAACAAGGGUGUAGGUGUGUGUUGUUCAGGCAGGCAGUGUGUCGCUCUCCUGAAGUACACUAACAGUAUUUUGUGGUCGGGUCUUGGGUUACAGCGCUAUAAGGUCUGAAAAGGUUCAGUCAUUUGUCCAAAAAGUCAGUGUCAGUGUCUUUUCAGUGAGUCUCCUGGUUACACUGCAACAUAUCGUAGCAACCUAAUAGUUCCCACUCCCUUUAACUCCAGAUGGGGCUGGAUAUUACCUGGUACUCUGCAGAUUGUUACCCUUUCUUUGGAGAUUUAAAGGAUAUUGUUUCAAAAAGGUUCAAAACUUGGAGAGAUGGAUUCCAGAGAACUUUCUUUAUAUUGACUUUUAAGUUAAGGAGGGUUGAGAACUUCUAUAUUUAAAAAGUACCAUGAAGGUUUUAAGCUAAAAAAACUAAAUUUGAAUUACAUUUUUGUUCCCUAAUAUUGAUUGGAUUAGGGGAGUUGUUUUUUAAGCUGCUACAUUUAAGUAAAAAUGUCCAGUGAUAGCCAGCCCUUCAUUCUAACACUCCAAACAAAGUGUCCAUAAAACAACAAGAAUCAAGCUGCCAAUGAAGGGAGCUGAUUGGUGGGUCUGUCUGAGUGAACACAGGAGGGUGAUCCUCACUCUCACUUUUGCUGGAGUGACACUGCAGAUGUGCAGAAACGUACAAAUGACUGACAGGUGUAUUUUUACCUUUAAAAGGCUCUACUUUAUAAGUAAACAGGUACUUUGCUUAUAUGUUCAAUAAGGUCUGCAACAAUCUGCAAAACCUCAUUAUCAGACAUUAGCUACAGGGCGGUAUUUCUGAGACUGGACUCAUCAGUUUUCACCUAAACAGUCAGACUUGGGUCAAAUAAUAUUUGAUUAAGAUGAUUAGAUUCCACCCAAAGACGUUAUUUGUUUAAUCAUGACAUGAAGGGGGGUUUUUUUGGAGCAAAUUUCCCUCAACUAGAAGUAAAUAAUUUGGCUUUUGUAUUUAUGUAAAUUAAAUUAUUGUUGUUCCUGAUGUCUCAAACAGAGGUAAGGGUUUCAAAUUGUAAAGUUGUCAAUAAACGUACUUUAUUAAUGAACUCCUGGACAGUCAGUUUAAGCCCUCUCUGAAAACUGACAAACUAAUUUGUGAUUAUGACAUUUUUAUUUCAAUCAGUGUGCAUAACAGCUGAACAUAAAAUUCUCUGUCAGAAGAAAAAAAAUCCCAUUCUCUUCUCUUAUUGACAGCUCCAUUAAUUAAAAGUAAAAUUCUGCAAAUACUAUUUGACCCUGCGUGUCCGCUCUGGCCUUCUUAUGAAAGGCUCGUGGACAAUCAGGGCUUUUGUUUUCCACUCCUGCCACUGAAGUACUGCUCUGUUGUUUUGUGCCACUUCCAUGUGUCUGCCCGUGUUUGAACAUGCAGCAUCUGACAGCAAACUUUGGAUUGCUCUUUCAUGUUUGGUUUUGUUCUAAGUGUUUUUGUUUUUUUCCUGAUGUCGAAGAAAGAUUGUGAACGUACAGAGCAGAAGUCCAGUGAUGGAGGGUUUGAUAGUGUUAAUAAUGAGAACCCCUCCUUUUGAUGGCAGGGCCUAAUGUGAAUAGGACAUGGAAGGUGUGGAAAGAGAUCUCCCUCAGACUGAGACAGUCCAACAGCAGUUGUUGUAAUGAUGCAUUUGCUUUGAUUUUCUUUUUCCCUUUACAUUGGAAAACUUGAUUAACAUUUUGUCAAUAAAGAUUACCUGAAUUAA